AGAGAGAGAGAGAGAGAGCGGCGCUUGCAGAUCUGUACAGGCAGCAGCAGCAGCAGCAGUGGAGCAGGAGCAUCAGGGCGAGGGGAAGGACUGGCAGCUGAUGUGGCUAUUGCUUCUGUGGAAGCCGGUGACUGUAAGUAGGUGAAUGGGAGUGAAUGGAGAAGAGGAGACACAGUAUGACAGAGUGGAGAGAGUCGAUUAGCUGUGGAAUAAGUAUUGAGUGAAUGUGCAGGAGUCGGGCUGCCGCUCGUAGCUUCCCAUCUCAUCCCGUGUCAGUGACGGAGCCGCAGUGCCAGGGCUCGUUGUCCCCACAGGAGAUCUCGGUGCUUCCCCGGCUUGUUAGAAUGGUGGCGGGUGGCCAGUGGCUGCUGAAGGACAAGUGAUGAGAAGCGGUGCCGGGAUCUUGUCUGGAGGCGCUAGCGCUGUUGCGGCACAGCCUGGAUAAGCUCGGGCUGGAGGGCUCCCUACAACCUGCUGCCCCUCACAUGGAGACUUACAGCGCUGAGCACAAGCUGCAUACCGACAAGAAGAGGCAAAACCGUGCACCGUCCCCAGCCAGACCCUUCCUAAGGGAACCUCAUACCAGAGCGCCCCCCGCCAAGCCCUCCGUGCUGCCCCCCAAAUCCCCGAGCAGCAGCGUCAGGCACCAGUCCCCCGCCGCUCACAGCCGUCUAUCCAGGCGCAGCACAGCGCCAGCCAAGGAGAAGCCAAGCCCGGCCAAGCCCUGCAGCGCUAAAGCCUCGCUCACCAGCAAGAGAGCAUCCCGACCCCCUCAUCAUGGAGCCGCCGAGCCCACCGGUAACAAGGGGGUCACUAGGAGACAACUGCUGGCCGCUCCUUCCUCCCCUCAGCCCUCUGCUCUUGCUCCCACCAGGAGGAGACUACAGGGGCGGGACAACACGUUAGUGACAGGUGCAAGGGUCAGUCACACCGACAGCAGCUCCGACCUGUCAGAUUGUCCCUCGGAGCCCUUGUCCGAUGAACACCGACAGCUACCGGCGCAAAGCAGCGAUAACGAGUCUGGAUGUAGCGAUCAGGCAGCGGCCCGAGCGGAGAGGACGCACAAUGUGGAGACUCACAGGCAGCAACAUGCGGCGACCCCUAGCGAUGAACCUCGAGAGAGCGUGGGGGUCCCCGGUAAGCGCCCAGCAACGCCAAGCCGAGUGCAGGACGAGAAUUUGCUCAGGGAACUGGAGGAGCUGCGCUCUGAGAAUGACUAUCUCAAGGAUGAACUCGAUGAGCUGCGAGCCGAAAUGGAGGAGAUGCGCGACAGCUAUCUGGAGGAAGAUGUUUACCAGUUGCAGGAGCUCAGAAGGGAGCUGGACCAAGCCAAUAAGAACUGCCGUAUUUUGCAGUAUCGUCUCAGGAAAGCAGAGCAAAAAAGCCUAAAAGUUGCACAGACAGGCCAAGUUGAUGGAGAGCUCAUCAGAAGCCUAGAGCAAGAUUUAAAGGUAGCCAAAGAUGUUUCUGUCCGUCUGCACCAUGAGCUGGAAAGUGUGGAGGAGAAACGAAUCAAAACCGAAGACGAUAAUGAAGAACUGCGACAGCAAAUCAUUGAGAUGGAAAUAACUAGACAAGCUUUGCACAAUGAGUUGGACAGAACAAAAGAGAGUACACUAAAAAGGAAAGGAAGCAGAGAGAUGCACAAAGAGAAAAAGAUAAUCAGUCAGGAGGACAAUGCAGAUUUAAAAUGCCAGCUACAAUUUGCUAAAGAAGAAGCAGCAUUGAUGCGGAAGAAAAUGGCCAAACUGGGGAAAGAAAAGGAUGAUUUAGAACAGGAUUUAGAGAAAUACAAGUCAGUAUAUGGGGAUGUGGAUGGCCCUCUCUCAACUGGGGAAACUGGUGGCCCACCCAGCACAAGAGAAGCUGAAUUAAAAUUACGCCUUAAACUGGUGGAGGAAGAAGCUAACAUCUUGAGUAGAAAGAUAGUGGAGCUGGAGGUAGAAAACAGGGGCGUUAAAGCAGAAAUGGAAGACCUCAGGUGUCAAUUAGAAAAAGAGUUUCUAAGCAGGGAGUAUGUUUCAAGCAUUCCUACCUCACCAUAUGGUGAUUCCAUGGAAUCUGCCGCUGAGUUGCAUCGCCAUCUCCAAUUUGUGGAGGAGGAGGCAGAACUUUUAAGGAGGUCGAUUUCUGAGAUAGAGGAUCACAAUAAGCAGCUAACUACUGAACUGAAUAGAUUCAAAUUUGGUCCUGAACAAGAACGUGUCUGGAUUGAUGACAGUGCCUCCAAAUGCAAUGGCCCAGUGCAAGAGGAGCUAAAGUCAGCUAGGAUUCAGAUCAACGAGUUAAGCAGUAAGAUAAUGAAACUUCAAUAUGAAAACCGUGUUUUACUGUCCAAUGUCCAACGCUACGAUCUUGCAUCUCACCUGGGAGUUCGUACAGCAAGUCCACGGGAUAGUGAUGCAGAAAGUGACACAGGAAAGAAAGAAAGUGAUAGUGAUGAUGGACGCCCUACUCAACCAAAGAGAGAAGGACCUAUUGGGGGUGAAAGUGACUCAGAAGAAGCCUAUGAAAAAACAUCAGGAUUUGAGAGUGUCAAGCAAUCAGAAGGCAGUGACCUUUAUGCUUCUGAUAUGAAAAUUAGAGAGAAUGAACACACUUUCUUAAAUAUAAAACGUGAGGCAGAACGUCUAGAAAGGACAUUGGAUCGACUUGUCACAGACACAGAUAGCUUGAUCUAUGAGGCCAAGCUACAGGUGACAAGCAGUUCUGUGGAAGAGAUAUUUCAGAACUAUUCAGAAAAACGAGGUGAUAUUUCAGCUUCUGAAAUCCUGGAAAGCAUAAAUACCAAGAUCAAAGUUUUCAGAAAAGAAUUGCAAAAUUUUAUGGAAGUGGUUGAUCGGGCAGGAGAAGGCCUUAAAGAGCACAUAGAGGACCUUUCCCCAAUGCCUCACCUUACAGAAUCAUCUAGUUUCUUGUCCAAUUUGACUUCAGUGUCUCGGGAUUCACCCAUUGGCAAUCUUGGGAAAGAACUUAUUCCUGACUUUCAGUCCAAACUGAGGGAACAAAUGGAAUAUCAACUGAGCCAUGACCAUGAAGAGGAUACUCAUCAUCUCCUAGUAAAUCAUGAGUCACACCGCAGAGCUGAUGGAGAUUCUAAACACUACAGGCCAGGCGACAAGGGCUAUUUCACGCUAGAGCUCAGUGAUCACGUCUCGCCGGAAAAGAAGGGAACAAUACGUGAGCUGCAGGCUAUUCUAGAUCAAGAAAGGAGGCUACACCUGGAGGAGCACGAGAAGGUGACAGACAGGAUAAUUCAGCUGGAAGAGGAACAUCUAAAAAUGUUACGGAGGAAAGACUUGGAGCUGCAAAGCCUUACUCUGCAGAAUAAACUAGAAGAGAAAACCUGGGGCCAAGAGAAAAUCCUGUUGCAGCAAGAACUGAGGAGCUUUAAAGAGAAUGUAUUUGUUAUGUAUGUCAAGCUAAAAAAGUUACGAAAGCACUGGCAGCAGUGUAGGAGCGGAGAAGAUGUAGAAGUGGGGAACAAGUUCCUUCAGCUUGAUCAAGUAAAUGCCCACCCAGAAUUUUCCAUCCAUCCUGAUUUCAGAGAAAGUGAUCCUGAUUUGGAAGAAGCAGACGAGGAAGAUGACGCUGUCUUUGCCCUCACUGAUUAUUCGCAACAUUCCAUAUUAGAAAGCCGAGAUAGCAGCCCGCAGCUUCAAACAGCAGAGUUAAUACAGCACCAGAAACAGGCAACAGAAAAUCAUAGAUUCCUUGCUGCUUUUAAGGCCUUAUUAGAUGAUUUUCUCUCAGAGCUGACGGAAGAGGUGAGAGAGAAGCAUGAAAUCCAAAAGCAAUAUACAACUGGCAAGGCUGCUUGGCAAGUGGAAGGGGCUGAGCUGAGAUGUCUUCUACAGAAGUAUGAUGACAAGAGACAGCGGAUACCAGGAGAAACCUGUUCCAUUGAACUGAAGUCGUCAGUUAAACUGGAGCGAGAGGAACACAGGAAACUGCUUGCUGAGAGUCACAGCAUGACCAUGGAUCUGCACCGGCAGCUUAAGCAAAGUGAGAAGAAAUGGGGUCGAGAAAAAGUGGAAUUAAUUGACCGGUUUGACAAGGACCGCAGGGAUUGGGAGAGGCAAAGGAAGGAAUUCCAGAGAAAGAUAGAACAACUUCAAAAAGAAACGAGCCCUAGGAGGACCGAAAACUUUCUUAGUGACCAAAAAGAUGGCAGUGCUGGUCAGUUUUCUCCCUCGGCAGCUUUGUGUGCGUCCCACCGACAUGGGACAAGGUCCUUUUCCGAUUCUGAUGACAUGCAACUUGAAGACCAGUUAGUUCCUAAACUGAAGGGAAGUGACCGUUGCUCUGGAUCAGAAAAUCUCUUUCUUGAUGCCCUGUCCUUGGAUUCUGCAGAUGAUGCUGAUAUACCUCAGCCCCACCAGCUGGAACGCGAUAAAUUUGCUGCGGAGGAGGACUUGCAAAAGGGAAGUCUGCAGAGGGUAAUGUCUGUUUCCUCCAUGUCUGAAUUUCACCAGUUGAUGGAGCGUUCGCCAUUUCUUCCUGAUCAGAAUUCAGAUUUUGCUGGUGACAAGGAUGAACUCACUCCUCCUUUGUCGCCCGAUGAUCUAAAGUAUAUUGAAGAAUUUAACAAGAAUUGGGAUUACAGUAAUGUGAACCCGAGCGAUAAAGUGGGAAUUUGCGUGGAAAAUAAGGAAAAUGGCAGAAUUCAGAGAGAUCCAUCUUCGGAAACAUUCCAGUCAUCAUCAUGGUUCCGUACAAAUAGUGUUACUAUGACAACAAAUACACUAACCAACUCCGAACACUGCCUGAAACAGCCACCUCGGAGCCACGCAGUAACAGAUAAAACGGGAGUUCGAGUCUUUCAAAGCCCACCUGUGGUUCGUAGGUUUGAUAAAGUUCCCAUAUGCAGUAACGAAGAGAAGACGCAGGUUGACCGAGAUUUGAUGUUUUCUGCGACCAAAGCUGAAGCAAAAAAUGGGGCAACUGAGGUGUUUGGAAGGUGGCCUAGUGAUCUAAACAAACAUCACAGUGGUUUUCAUCCCAUAGAACGACCUGUUUGUACUACUGUGAGCUAUGCUUCUUCUUUGCACAAUAUAGAGCUGUCAAGGAAUAUGAGUGAUGACAUGAAAGAAGUUGCCAAUUCUGUUAGACAUGCAAUUCUAACCACCUCAGUUGAAUCUCAAUUCAGAGAUAUCGCCUGUCAAACCAAUGGUUUAAAGAGUACUGGUACACAAACCACACAAACGAUUAGUGUAGGCUUGCAGACUGAAACUUUGCGUAGCAUCACCAGCAGUCCACACAAGUGUCUGACUCCAAAGGGAGGUUCUACCCCUGUGUCAUCGCCUUCACGCAGUUUACGGAGCAGGCAAGUGGCUCCAGCAAUUGAAAAGGUACAGGCAAAGUUUGAACGCUCAUGUUGUUCACCCAAAUAUGGUUCUCCGAAACUGCAGAAGAAAAUUCUUCCAAAGACAGAUCAGCAAGUGAAUCGUUCCACUGGGGUUAAUCUUCAGAAAGGAUUCAAUGAAUCAGCAUGGGCCAGAUCAACCACAACAAGGGAAAGUCCUGUUCACACUACAAUUAAUGAUGGUCUUUCCAGCUUGUUCAAUAUCAUUGACCAUAGCCCUGUAAAUUGUGACCAUGAGCAGAUAUUGUCUAGGCCUAGUAGCAGAUCUCGGUCAGCAGAACCCAGACCAGAAUUUGGGACCACUUCAGAAGUGUAUAUGGAUAUAAGGGGCAGAUCACCUAGCCCUGUACACAUUGCCUGUGACUUUCAAAGGGAACAAAAUGCUGAUAUCAACCCUGGUAGACAAGACCUAUCUGCCCCUGCAGGUUACACACUGACAGAAAAUGCUGCAAGAAUAUUAAACAAGAAAAUGUUAGAAGAUCAGAGCCCAAACAGUCCGUCUAGAAGUUUCAGAGACAAUACAGCUGCAGAGAUCCUAAAAGUCGAUCAAAGUUCUAUAGAGGAGCUGCCAAGUUCUGCGUUAGCUCCAACGUUGGAAUCCAGUUUCUCCAGACCAGAGAGACCAGCGAAUCGACGCCUGCCUUCCCGAUGGGCUUCAUAUUCUCCAUCUGCCUCCAGAGCUCCCUCCAGAGCUGAUCUGACUUCAUGCGAUGAACAGGGAAUUGAAACACGAGGAUGAUGAGAAGCAGACAAAUGACACCAAUUGGCAUGUAAAAUCAACAAUGUAACCCAGUGUGCUUCAUACCACACUCCUAGUGCUCAGUCGCUGCCAACAGAGACACGUUGUGUUUUUAUAACAAGAGGAAACGCAAUCACUGAAUGUCCAAGCCGUGGUCAUAAAUCGGGACAUCUAUUGUGCCUGUAUGAAACAUCUGUGUUUAUGUCCCAUCGCCGCUUAUUUCAGAAAAUGUACAGUGAAUUUGACCCUUAACACCUAUGAAAUGAAUGCUCUCUUAACUCUCAGUGCUGGCUGCCUUUUUAUUAUUUUUGCACUCUUUUCUUGUGUUUGUCCUUUUUUUUAUCACUUUUAUCUGUGUUUAUGUCUCUUGCCCAUUUUUUUUUACUUUCGGUGUCAGAAAAUACAGAGACGUUAUUUUUUAGGUCUGACGUUUGUUAUAUGAGAAACCAUCCCGCCAGCUGGAUAGAAUUGUAAGAAAAACAAAGACUGGCAAAAAAAAAAUAUCUUAUCAAGUUGGCUGUAUGCAAAAAAAAAAUAGAAAAAUGUCACUUGAUAGCCGAUCCCAGCACUUUAGUGCAUGUACACCAUGAUAGUUCAUCAGAAUGAAGCCGAGUUUUGCUGUAAUAUUGUUGUGUUUUUAUGUACUGUAAUUUUAUUGUUCGGUUUCUUGCACUGACUACACGGGAAAUGACUUUUAACUUAAUCUCCACCAGCUAUGUAUGUACAUCUCUCUGUGAAGUUUCAUGGACAUGCCGAGGCAUAAUGAAAUGUAAAGGAUACCGUCUGAUACCGUAUGUACCAGGCUUGGAAUGAAAAUAAAAUACUUAGCAUUUA